ACACGCUUGGUACUUGAGUGAACUAUCGGACCAAGAGGCAUGGGGUGCUACGUUAGUGUGGAUCCAAAAACAAACCACAAACAAGCUGACCGUCUUCAUUCCCGAUAGAUAUCUUAAAAAGUGGAAAUACCGUCGACCUUCAUGGCGGAUUCCCUCGGGAGCGAAACGUAGCUGGACCACUGUAUUGCAUCUCGGUGGCUAACGGUUUGCCUUUUGAUGAUGAACCUCGUAAUUAUGAACAUUCGCACUAUUUUCGAGGGGUCAGCCAGGAGGAUAAUUUCUCUUGAGUGAGGGAAGACCUCCCUCCUGAAGAGGUGUGAAACAUGCCCCUGCCAUUUGGCUUUAAACUCAAAAGAACUCGAAGGUAUACUGUUUCAAGCAAAAGCUGUCUUGUCACUCGGAUACAGCUGCUCAAUGGAGAGUUUGUGGAGUUUACGCUUUCAGUGGAGAGCACAGGACAGGAAUGUCUCGAGGCAGUUGCUCAGAGACUUGAGUUAAGAGAGAUAACAUUCUUCAGCCUGUGGUACUUCAACAAGCAGAAUCAGCAGAGAUGGAUCGACUUGGAGAAGCCGCUGAAAAAGCAGCUCGACAAGUACGGGCUGGAGCCCACCGUUUACUUUGGAGUCGUGUUUUACAUACCCAGUGUCAACCAACUGCAACAGGAGAUCACAAGAUAUCAGUAUUACCUGCAGCUUAAGAAGGAUGUUCUGGAAGGAAGGAUCUCAUGCUCACUUGAACAAGCUGUUCGUUUAGCUAGUCUGGCAGUGCAAGCUGACUUUGGAGACUUCAAUCGAUAUGAUUCUCAGGAGUUCCUACAGAAGUUUGUCUUGUUUCCGAUUGACUGGAUCCAGGAUGAGCGAGUUCUGGAGGAGGCCACUCAGAAAGUGGCUCUUCUUUAUCAGUCGUUUAGGGGUUUAUCAGCCCCAGAGGCAGAGAUGUUGUACAUGCAAGAGGUGGAGAAAAUGGAAGGCUAUGGUCAGGAAAGCUAUCAAGCUAAGGACAGCACAGGCACAGAUGUUACACUGGGUUCUUGCCUAGAGGGCAUCUUUGUCAAACAUAAAAAUGGCAGGCCACUUCUUCUAUUCAGGUGGAAUGAAAUUAACAACAUGAGUCACAACAGGUCCUUCUUUGCCCUGGAGCUCACCAACAGAGAGGAGAGUGUUCAGUUCCAGACCGAAGACAUGGAAACCUCCAAAUAUGUGUGCCGGAUGUGUCUGGCCAGACUCAAGUUUUAUAAGAUAAACAAGAGUAGUCUAGAGGAGUGUGACCCCCUGCCUUCUGAGGGCUCCCAGAAGUCCCUUCUCACUCUAUCCUUUCCUCGCUUUCCAAUGCUCUCUCGUCCCUCUCUGCCUUCUAAUAAGGGCCAAAGCCAGGCCACAGUUGUCAACCCAGUCAGACGGAGAUCCUCUACUCGACUAUCUCUGCCAAAGCCUCAGGGCUACAUGAUGCCCCCUCCACAAAUGCACUACAAUGGCCAUUUCACAGAGCCGUACACAUCAUCACAAGACAACCUGUACAUGAACAAUCAGAACGGCUAUUACUACCACUCCCAGACCAGCCUGGACUGCCCUCCUCUGGAAUACAGCAGCGGAGGGCGUUUACGUAAUGGCAGCGUCUACAGUGCCCACAGCACCAGCUCUUUAACCAAUCCACAGCACUACCUUCAGCCCUCACCCAUGUCCUCCAAUCCCUCCAUCACUAGUGACAUCACCAGGCCUGACUAUAUCCCCUCGCACCGCCACAGCGCUCUGAUCCCGCCAUCCUACCGUGCCACACCUGAUUAUGAGACAGUGAUGCGUCAGAAGACCAGAGGACCGGGCGGAGGGAUGGUGUUGUCUCAGGAGCACCGGCAGAGCCACUCAAUGAGGAACCUGAACAUUGGUAACUCCUACGCCUACAGCAGGCCAGAUCCUCUGGUUUACAGCCAGCCAGAGAUCAGAGGGGAGCAUGGCGGAGCGGCCCAACACCUCCACUAUCCCUUCCAUCUUGGCUCCAGCUUCCACAGCCCCUCUCCGUACCCAUACCCCACAGAAAGAAGGCCUGUGGUGGGGGCGGUGAGCGUCCCAGAGCUCACUAAUGUCCAGUUACAGCAGGCACAGGAUUAUCCAGCCCCAAACAUAAUGAGAACACAAGUGUACCGACCACCGCCACCCUACCCAUACGCCCAUCCUCGGCCUGCUAACAGCACCCCUGACCUGUCGCGUCACCUGUACGUCAGCAGCAGCAACCCUGACCUGAUCAUCACAAGACGUGUGCAUCACUCGGUCCAGACUUUCCAGGAGGACAGCCUUCCUGUUGCACACUCUUUACAAGAAGUGUCAGAGCCCCUUUUCAGUGGACCCCCACAGAGACACCCAUACCACGCUCAGAAGCGUAACUCCAUUGAGAUUGCUGGAUUAGCUCAAAGUCUGGAGGGGAUGAGGGUCAAAGAGCGGACUUUGUCUUCGUCUGCAGCUGAAUCUGCUACGCCUCCUCCUGUCCUGCACAGCCGUCAAUCUCAGGGCUCUCAACUUGACGUGUUUCUUGAACGUACAAAGAAGGAGGACAGGGGGGGUAUUAAGGAAGGCGUACAGUACGGACACAAAAAGUCCCUUUCAGAUGCCACCAUGCUGGUUCACAGUAGUGGUGAAGAAGAGGAGUUUGAGGAGGACAGCGGACGUCACACUCCACUGUCUCAGGAUGCAGCAGUAACUCUUCCUGAGCAGCCGACGCAACCGCAUCACAGCUUAACGUCUCUCUCUUCACUGAAAAAUCAGCAACAGACUCCCAUCGAGCCGCCUCCUGCAUAUCCCAUAGGCUCCUCCCUUGACCCCGCCAUAACCAGCUCCCUAGCCUACAAGGUUCACCCCUUGAUCCAGGAGAACGAGCCCCUGUACCUGCUGUCAGAUUUAAGACAGCCCAGGAUUAUGCCCUCAGUCUCUGAGGGAGACCUGAGUGGGCAGGCCAAGCAGAAGACCAAGAAGGACUUCAAGAAGAGGCCUGUGUCAGACGUGCCUGCUGGGAAGAAAACCGUGGAAGGUUUGCCCCCUCCGGGCAUGAGGAAAGGAGCGAGGUCAGAGGUGAAGAAGAUGGGCCCUCUGAAGGUGGCCCACCUGAACGGCCUGUCAGUGUCCAGGCAGCCGAUGCACGACGAGAUCAAGGAUGAGCCUGAGCGAGCCUCUAACGACGAGAGGUGUAAAGCGCUAGAGCAGCACAUGGAGAGGGGAGAGCUGCUGAAAGAGUACGAGAGUAUCCCAAAGCGACGUCCGUCAGGAGAAUGCAACAUCGCACUGCAGCCAGAGAGCGGAGACAAAAACCGCUUCCAAGACGUCAUGCCUUACGACGACACCCGAGUGGAGCUGGUGCCCACGAAAGAGAACAACACAGGAUACAUCAAUGCGUCACACGUCAGAAUAACAGUGAGUGGACAAGAGUGGAGCUACAUUGCUACGCAGGGUCCCAUGUCGAACACCUGUCAGGACUUCUGGCAGAUGGUGUGGGAACAGGGUGUCUCUAUCAUUGCCAUGGUAACUGCUGAGGAGGAGAGUGGCCGAGAGAAGAGCUUCAGGUAUUGGCCCCGGCUCGGCUCACGACACAACACGGUGACAUACGGCCGCUUUAAGAUCACCACGCGGUUCCGCACAGAGUCGGGCUGCUACGCCACCACGGGGCUGAAGAUCAAACACCUCCUGACGGGCCAAGAGAGGACCGUGUGGCACCUGCAGUACACAGACUGGCCUGACCACGGCUGCCCCGAGGACUUCAAAGGCUUCCUCACCUACCUGGAGGAGAUCCAGUCUGUGAGGAGACACACAAACAGCAUCAGUGACCCAAAGAACACAAACCUGCCUGUGCUGGUCCACUGCAGUGCUGGAGUGGGACGGACGGGGGUGGUCAUUCUGUCUGAGAUCAUGAUCGCCUGCCUAGAGCACAACGAGGCGCUGGAUGUCCCAAAAUUCCUGUCGAGGCUGCGCGCUCAGAGGAUGAUGAUGGUGCAGACCUUGUCUCAGUACACCUUCAUCUACAAGGUCAUCAUAGAAUACCUCCGCAACUCCAGGCUCAUAUGAGGCCACGUUUUUGUUACAGCCAACAUGGCAGUACAGUUAUUACACAUGAUCGUAGCAUGGAGUUUGCUGCAGGUUUAUACCAAACUGCUGUAUGACCCUCGAGUUUCAGUUUGUGGAGGUGUUAAGAUCAGACGAGGCUGAAGGAGUGAUGUGUGGAUAUUUAAGAAUGAAGGAGCAUAAAGACUUAUCUCUAAACAGUAUUAUAUAUUAUUAUUUUUUACAUACAUUAUCGCUUGAUGAAACCCCGCACUUUUACAAUACUUUGCUGUACAUACUGAACCAAUGUUAAGCUGCGUAAGAAAAAAAAAUCUUUAUCAUAGAUUUGUAUCAAAACUAGUUGUAUUUUUCAAUUGACAAAAGGACACUUUUUAAAUAAAUAUUUUGGGAAUGCUGUUGGGUAGAUUUGUUCUCAGAAUUAAGGAAUGUUUUUUUAUUUCAAAGAAAUGACGACGGGGUGGAUCAGGUUGUGAAAAUAUCCGUUUGUCUCAUGAAGGUUUGAGGGCAGAGUAGAGAGGGAUGUUAAAGAUGUGUUGGAUCCUGCAUUUAAGUUCAGGAAUAUCAAAUAUUUAUAUGAAGCAGAUGAUGCUGUUUGUAUUCCCCUUGAUUCAACUGUGCUACGUGGUAUGGACAAUCCUCAUGUUGAAGAAUCCUCCAUACAGCAAAACUCAAAAAUAUUGAAAUAGAAUAAUCCUGAUGUGUUUUUGAGAGCUGACAGCUGCUUCACACGUCGUGUCAAACACUGGAUUGAUUGAUGGGGUAGCACAGGUUGCAGAGAUUUAUGUUUGAUGAGAGAAGAAUAGGAAUGACUGAGAAGGAGAACGAGUUGGGAUUCAAACUGGAAACGUUUAAUAUCUACGCCUUUACAAAUGAGGUUUUUUUUAUAUUAACUAAAACUGAGGGCUGUAUUUGAUAAGUCGAUUUAAUUUAAAAAAAUGUAUCACGACAAAGUGCCUGAGUAUCUGCAUUGUACAUUUGAAAAAGGCUGUGUAUUUUUGUGUUAUGUGAAGGACAUGUUUCUCAUCCAGUCAUUCAUGACUUGAUUGAUUGCAGUGAUUUGUUUUUCUUUAAGCCAAUCAAAUUGAGUCCAAUCCCUGCAUCAAGUGUAAGGCCGGCAAACGACUGAUCAUAACUCUUAGAUUUAGAUUGAAGAAGUUGUGACAGUUUUUACUUUGUACAUAAAGGACGGGGGGGGGGAGGGCGUUUGACAGUAUUCAUACAGAGCUGGCUGUGGUGCUCAGUGUUCGUGUGGCCCAGAGGAAGUGAGGGACAGACAGUCUCCUGUUACAGCAUUCUGCCUGCCACUCUUGUUUUCACUUUCUGAUGUAACGAACAGCCUGCUGAUUAGAACUGAACGCCUCCACCAUAAACGUUCGCCUGGAGCUUUGUCACAGUGUGCGUCAGUUUCCUGCUGCAGCUUGAGGUGGUUGUUUGGGCUUGUGACGUUUCCCUUUUGCAGAAAUAAUGCUUACAGGCAUUGCAGAGUUUACAUGAAGUAAAAUCUUCCUUUUUUCCCCAUCAAAUCGCCAACUUAAUUUAUAAUACAGCCAAAGUGAAGUGAUCAUGAAUCCCUUGUUAUGUCAUGUUUUUGUUGUUUGACACACGGGCAGUGAUCUUAACUGGAAAGUAAAAAAAAAAAAAACAUGUCUUGACUGAAGUGAAGAUGUGCUGUUACUGGAUCAUUUUAUCGGCCCGUAUGAAUUUGCUUCAGCGUUUUUUUGUUUAAAGAUACUGAAUGAGUCUUAUUUCGGAGAAUGAAGAGAGGCGUUUUUGUAGCCAAGGUGCAAAUGUGUUGUCCAUGUACAGGUAUGUUGUCCAUAAUGUACACAAUGUAAAAUUCUGCUUUUAUGAAUAUUGGUUAUUGUACAAACGAUGUAUAAACUGUAUCUAUUGAAAACAAACAAAAAAAAAAGGUUUGCCUUUUGAAAAGAAGUGUAGAAAAUCUGAGACGAGAAUAAAUCAUUGGAAAUAAA